AUAGAAAUUGUUGGCGCCAAGGUUUGCAUAACGGGACAAGAACAAGAAGUAAUGAAGAUCGAGACGUUUCAGACUUGAGAAGAUGAGUGAUUUAGAGGAAGAGAAGGACGGAGCAGAGUCUGGAGUAUCAAGCUCUUUGUCUAUGAAGAGUGACGUCUUCAAAGAUUAUCCUCCAGACUUCAGUAAUGAACCUGGACCAUCACACACACAAAUGAGGAAGAAGAUGAGUCAUGCUUCUGUGGAGGGGCAGCUGUCCUGCUGUUCUUUCUGUCAGGACGUCCUGAAGGAUCCAGUCUCUACCAACUGUGGACACUGGUUCUGCAGACAGUGCAUCACCUCAUACUGGGACCAGUCUGCUUCAACUGGAGACUGCUCCUGUCCCCAGUGUGGAAAAAAACCCAGAACAAGAGCUGGACUGCAGACAGCCAGUCAGACCAGCACUGUACAAAUGGAUGGUGGUCUGCAGGAGGUUUUAGAUGAGCAUAAGAUCAGUCUGAAGAGGAGAUGUGAACGUGUGACUGAAGGAACUGAUGAAACAGGAAGUGGAACCCUCCUCAACAGGAUCUACACUGAGCUCUACAUCACAGAGGGACAGAGUGAAGAUGUUAAUACCCAACAUGAGGUGAAGCAGCUUGAGAGAGCUUCUAAGAUGAAGACCCCCCAUGACACUCCAAUCAAGUGUCACAACAUCUUUGAAGCCUUGCCUGACCAACAAGGACACAUCAGAGUGGUUCUGACGAAUGGCUUUGCUGGCAUUGGAAAAACCUUCACAGUGCAGAAGUUCACUCUGGACUGGGCCGAGGGUUUGGAAAACCAAGAUAUCAGUCUGGUGAUUCUGCUUUCAUUCAGGGAGCUAAACUUGAUCAGAGAUAAGUACAGUCUUCUCACUCUGCUCGGUGUUUUCCAUCCAACACUACAGAAGGUCAAGGCAGAGGACCUCGCUGUCUGUAAAGUUCUGUUCAUCUUUGACGGCCUGGAUGAAAGCAGACUUUCAUUGGAUUUCAACAAUGAGGUUGUGACUGAUGUCACACAGAAGUCAUCAGUCAACGUGCUGUUGACAAACCUCAUCAAGGGGAAUCUGCUUCCCUCAGCUCUAGUCUGGAUAACUUCCCGACCUGCAGCAGCCAAUCAGAUCCCUCCUGCAUGUGUUGACAGGGUAACAGAAGUAAGAGGCUUCACUGACCCGCAGAAAGAGGAGUACAUCAGGAGGAGAGUCAGUGAUGAAGAGCGGUCCAGCAGAAUCAUCUCACACAUCAAGACUUCCAGGAGCCUCCACAUCAUGUGUCUAAUCCCAGUCUUCUGCUGGAUCACUGCUACAGUUCUGGAUCACAUGUUGACCACAGAGCAGAGAGGAGAGCUGCCCAAGACCCUGACUGACCUGUACUCACACUUCCUGCUGGUUCAGACAAAGAGGAAGAAGCAGAAGUAUGAUGAGGGACAUGAGACGAGUCCACAGGAGCUGACAGAGGCUGACAGGGACAUUCUCCUGAAGCUGGGGAGGCUGGCGUUUGAACAGCUGGAGGAAGGAAACAUCAUGUUCUACCAAGAAGACCUGGAGCAGUGUGGUCUUGAUGUCACAGAGGCCUUGGUGUACUCAGGAGUUUGUACAGAGAUCUUCAAAAGAGAGUGUGUGAUCUUCCAGACAACAGUUUACUGCUUCGUUCAUCUGAGCGUUCAGGAGUUUCUGGCUGCAGUCUACCUGUUCCACUGUUACACCAACAGGAAGACAGAGGUACUGGAGGACUUCCUGGGGACAGACCUGGACUGUGGUAACAGUGAUUCAUCACUGGAUGAGGAGGAUGAGGAGGAGGAGGAGGAUGAGAAUGAGGAAGAUGAUGAUGAUGAUUCAUCCCAUGAUGACAACAAUGACCGUUACCUACCCCUGGAUGUCUUCCUGAAGAGAGCAAUGGAGAAAUCCCUGGAGAGUGAAAAUGGUCACCUGGACCUGUUUGUUCGCUUCCUUCAUGGCCUCUCUCUGGAGUCCAACCAGAGACUGUUAGGAGGUCUGCUGGGUCAGACAGACGCUAGUCCAGAAAUCAUUCAGAAAGCCAUCAACAACCUAAAGAAAACAGUCACGUACGAUAUCUCUCCUGACAAAAACAUCAACAUCUUUCACUGUCUGACAGAGAUGAAUGACUACUCAGUACAUCAGGCGAUCCAAGAGUUCCUGAAGUCAGAGAACAGAUCAAAGAUGAGACUCUCUGAGAUCCACUGCUCAGCUCUGGCGUACAUGCUGCAGAUGUCAGAGGAGGUUCUGGAUGAGUUGGACCUGAUGAAGUACAAAACAUCAAAUCAGGGACGACAGAGACUGAUUCCAGCUGUGAGGAACUGCAGAAAAGCUCGACUUUCUAGCUGUGAGCUGUCAGCUGUACAUUGUAACACUGUGGCCUCAGCUUUAAAGUCCAACCCCUCCCACCUAAGAGAGCUUGACCUGAAAAACAAUUAUCUGGAGAAUUCAGGAGUGGAGCUUUUGUCUGAUGGACUGGACAGUCCACACUGUAAACUGGAGACUCUGAGACUUAAUAGCUGUGAAAUAACAGCGGGUGGCUGUGCUUCUUUGGCCUCAGCUCUGAAGUCCAACCCCUCCCACCUGAGAGAGCUGGACCUCAGUAACAACAAGCUGCAGGAUUCAGGAGUGAAGAUGCUGUGUGAUUUUCUGGCGAGUCCACACUGUAAACUGGAGACUCUAAGAUUGAGGGGCUGCCGUUUUUCAGAGAUCGGCUGUGCUCCUCUGGCCUCAGCUCAGAAGUCCAACCCCUCCCAUCUGAGAGAGCUAGAACUGAGUAAGAACAAGCUGCAAGAUUCAGGAGUGAAGCUGCUGUGUGAAUUUCUGGAGAGUCCACACUGUAAACUGGAGUCAUUGAGGCUUCAAAGGUGCGAGCUAUCAGAGACUGGCUGUGUUUCUCUGGCCUCAGCUCUGAAGUCCAACCCCUCCCAUCUGAGAGAGCUGCAGCUGAGUGACAACAACCUGCAGGAUUCAGGAGUGAAGCUGCUGUGUGAUUUUCUGGAGAAUCCUCAUUGUAGACUGGAGACUCUGAGACUUAAUAGCUGUGAAAUAACAGCGGGUGGCUGUGCUUCUUUGGCCUCAGCUCUGAAGUCCAACCCCUCCCAUCUGAGAGAGCUGGACCUGAGCUACAACAAGCUGCAGGAUUUGGGAGUGAAGCUGCUGUGUGAUUUUCUGGAGAGUCCACACUGUAGACUGGAGACUCUGAGGCUUCAAAAGUGUGAGCUAUCAGAGAUCAGCUGUGUUUCUCUGGCGUCAGCUCUGAAGUUCAACCCCUCCCAUCUGAGAGAGCUGCAGCUGAGUGACAACAACCUGCAAGAUUCAGGAGUGAAGCUGCUGUGUGAUUUUCUACAGAAUCCAUACUGUAGACUGGAGACUCUGAGGCUUCAAAGCUGUGAGCUGUCAGGGGUCAGUGGUGUUUCUCUGGCCUCAGCUAUGAAGUCCAACCCCUCCCAUCUAAGAAAGCUCCAGCUGAGUGACAACAACCUGCAAGAUUCAGGAGUGAAGCUGCUGUUUGCUGGACUGGACAGUGCAUGCGGUAGAAUGGAGCCUCUGAGGCUCGAUGACAGAGAAAACAGGGCUACACCUGACAGACAUGAAGGACAUCCGUCUACAUCAAACCCAAACCUCGAUGUGUCUGACAGAAAUGAGGAGACUGUGGAUGAAAUGGAUCAGCUAUGCCCUGGAGAUCCAGAGAGGUUGAGGCAGCAGCAGCUUCUGUGUACAGAGGCUCUGAAUUCGAAUGUUCAGAUGUCCUCAUGCAGGUAUUUUCCAGUGUGAUUUGACCGAACUGGUGUUUGUUAUGGCUCAGAAGGCGGAGCUAAAGUACAGCAUUGUCCAAUGGGAUGAGAACCUCCUCCAAUCAGCAGACAAGAUGGCUGCAGGGCCACUGUUCAAAAUCAA